AUGAUCUUCAACAUUCCCCUCCCCACCACCUUCGGCGAGCCCAUUCCCACGGUUCCCAGCAAGCCCAUCCCUACCGUGCCCAGCAAGCCGGUUCCUUCCAAGCCCAGCAACAAGCCUGAGCCCGAGGACGAGGACGUCUUCACCCCUUACACAUUUGGUGAACCCAUUCCUACCGUGCCCAGCAAGCCCAUCCCCACGGUUCCUAGCAAGCCCGUCCCCAGCAAGCCCGGCAAUGGCAACAAGCCCGAGGAGUUCGACUUUGAUGGUCUCGUCCCCUUCCACACCUUUGGCGAGCCUAUCCCUACCGUCCCCAGCAAGCCUAUUCCCACGGUUCCCAGCAAGCCUGUUCCUAGCAAGCCUGGCAACAAGCCUACGGAUGAGGACACGGAUCUUGAGGAUGAGUAG